GCGCUCCUGCCGGGCGCGGGCAGCUCCGGGCCGCCAGGGGCCGCUGUGGCGCAGCCGGGCCGGCCCGCGCCGCCCGGCUGCGGAUCGCCGGGCCCUCUUGGGCACGGCCUUGCCGGUUAGGCGGGGUGAAAGGUUGCGAAGAUGGCGACGGCCUUGAGCGAGGAGGAGCUGGACAAUGAAGACUAUUACUCGUUGCUGAACGUGCGCAGGGAGGCCUCUUCUGAAGAGCUAAAAGCUGCCUACCGGAGGCUGUGUAUGCUUUACCAUCCGGACAAGCACAGAGACCCAGAGCUCAAAUCACAAGCGGAACGACUGUUUAACCUUGUCCACCAGGCUUAUGAAGUGCUUAGUGACCCCCAAACCAGGGCCAUCUAUGAUAUAUAUGGGAAGAGAGGACUGGAAAUGGAAGGAUGGGAGGUUGUGGAAAGGAGAAGAACCCCAGCUGAAAUUCGAGAGGAGUUUGAGCGGCUGCAGAGAGAGAGGGAAGAGAGGAGACUGCAGCAGAGAACCAAUCCCAAGGGAACGAUCAGCGUUGGAGUAGAUGCCACUGACCUCUUUGAUCGCUAUGAUGAGGAGUACGAAGAUGUAUCCGGAAGUGGCUUUCCACAGAUUGAAAUUAAUAAAAUGCACAUAUCCCAGUCCAUUGAGGCACCCUUGACAGCUACAGACACAGCCAUCCUCUCUGGAAGCCUCUCGACCCAGAACGGGAAUGGAGGGGGCUCCAUUAACUUUGCGCUCAGACGAGUCACUUCCGCAAAGGGAUGGGGAGAGUUGGAAUUUGGAGCUGGAGACCUACAGGGGCCUUUAUUUGGCCUCAAGCUGUUCCGCAAUCUCACACCAAGAUGCUUUGUGACGACAAACUGUGCUCUGCAGUUUUCAUCCCGUGGAAUCCGACCUGGCCUUACCACUGUCCUAGCUCGGAACCUGGACAAGAACACCGUGGGCUACCUGCAGUGGCGAUGGGGUAUCCAGUCAGCCAUGAACACGAGCAUCGUCCGGGACACUAAAACCAGCCACUUCACUGUGGCCCUGCAGCUGGGGAUCCCUCACUCCUUUGCACUGAUCAGCUAUCAGCACAAGUUCCAGGAUGACGAUCAGACUCGCGUGAAAGGAUCCCUCAAGGCAGGCUUCUUUGGGACCGUGGUGGAGUACGGAGCCGAGCGGAAGAUCUCCAGGCACAGCGUUCUGGGUGCAGCUGUCAGCGUUGGAGUCCCGCAAGGUGUUUCCCUCAAAGUCAAGUUAAACAGGGCCAGUCAGACGUACUUCUUCCCCGUCCAUCUGACGGAUCAACUUCUGCCCAGCGCCGUGUUCUAUGCCACCGUUGGGCCUCUCGUGAUCUACUUCGCUAUGCACCGUCUGAUCAUCAAACCGUACCUCAGGGCUCAAAGAGAGAAGGAACUGGAGAAGCAAAGGGAAAGUGCCGCUAGCGACAUUCUGCAGAAGAAGCAGGAGGCAGAAGCCGCUGUUCGGUUGAUGCAGGAAUCUGUCCGAAGGAUAAUCGAGGCAGAGGAGUCCAGAAUGGGGCUCAUCAUCGUGAACGCCUGGUACGGGAAGUUCGUCAACGACAAGAGCAAGAAAAGCGAGAAGGUGAAGGUGAUCGACGUGACUGUGCCCCUGCAGUGCCUGGUGAAGGACUCGAAGCUCAUCCUCACAGAGGCCUCCAAGGCUGGGCUGCCUGGGUUUUAUGACCCGUGUGUGGGUGAAGAGAAGAACCUGAAAGUGCUUUAUCAGUUCCGAGGUGUCCUGCAUCAGGUGAUGGUGCUGGACAGUGAGGCGCUUCGGAUACCAAAGCAGUCUCACAGGAUCGACACGGAUGGAUAAACUGCUUGAGAACCAGAUUUUUAAAAAGGCUGCAAAAAAUCUUGUCCUGGGAGUCUACAAAUUUGGAAGCAGGGAGAAAACCCAGACAUCAGAUGUUUUUAUUUUCUAUUAUUCCUAUAAAAGGGGAUACCGUAUCAAUUAU